CAAGCUUUCUCCAACCGGUGGGCAUUCCACUGCUACCAUAUCUGUGUGCGUGCAUUACCGCUUUCCGCCUCUUCUCAAAUCCUUCUUUCCCGCACAAUCUUCGCCGGUACGGUGAUCUCAGAAAAUGUGCGGCGGUUCCGUCAUCUCCGAUCUAAUCCCCUUCACCUCCGGCCAGAAUCUUUCCCGCCGGAACCCCACGCCUCCCGAAAACCCCAAAUCCGCCGAUUCCAAGGACUCCAAUCCCGCACUCUCCUUAGAUGAGACGAAGAAGAAGGUUCGAAAGAACAUUUACCGCGGGAUUCGGCGUCGCCCGUGGGGAAAAUGGGCGGCGGAGAUCCGCGAUCCGAGAAAGGGUGUUAGGGUUUGGCUCGGAACUUUCAGUACGCCGGAAAGCGGGUGCGUGUCGCCGGCUACUACGGAGGUGUUGAAGGAGCGGAUUUCGAGCUUGGAAACGUUUUUGGGGCUGGAGCAUGUGGUAGGGCAGGUGCAGGAGUCAGGCGAGUCGGUCAUCGGUGGAGGAGUAGGGGAACGUUUCUGGGCUUGGGAUGACGAUUUGGGGUUGAUGGACGGCUCUGAUACUGCGAAGUAUCGUUCGGAAUUGCUUUGA